GAGCAAGUCCCUCGAGUCCGUCGCUGCGGGAGGGCCGGCCGCCGCCUGCGACCUGCGAGGCGCGGGGGGUGCGGCCGCGGGCGCGGAGCCCCCGGCGGAGGGGGCCGCCGCGGGCGUGCUGGGGGUGCUGCGGCAGGAGAGCGCGACACUGAGGGCUGCGAGGGGUGGACGCACGCAGCGGUCGUGUUCGACAGGCGGGGGGACGGCAGCAAGGAGCCGAUCUUGGUGGCCAAGAAGCUCCUGAUGUCGGGCAAGUCGUCGAAGGCGGACUUCCAGUCGCGGAAGCUCUCGACGAAAGUGUUCGCCGCCGAGAGCUUGUACAUGAAAGGUGUCAAGGUGGUGACGGUGGCAACCCGCGGUCUGAUCGUAAACACCAUGGGCGUCACUGACAAAGCGGACACAGCGGCGCCCCCCGAGGUCGACGAUGUGGGGGACGAUUUCGCCAGCCAUUUUGUGCGACUCAAGAUUGACAAAGCAGGCCGGCGAACUUUCGAUCCACCAAAGCUCUGGGUGGCUCCUGACCAGGUGGUGCACUUUUCGUGGCACGCCGAAAAGAAGCCACUGAAGCUCCUUCAAGCAGACGAGGCGUUCAAUAUUGAACAGAAGACCAAGGGAAUCGAGAUUGUGGACCGCGAUGGCGAUCGCGAGUGCAAUUUUAAGCUUGCAGACUACAAUAUGCGCGCUGGCGACUACGUUUAUUUAGUUUGCGAUCAAUACCCCACCGCCCGCAUGCAAAUCUCCGUCAAGUCAGCCAUAACGGCCGGCAUUCUUCGAAUCAGUUGGCAGCUUGCUGUGUUGGUUAUUGCAGCCAUCUUGCUGGCGAUCCUGGCAUAUGUAACAGUGGAUUACAUAGAGGACUCAUCCUUCGUCGAACAUGUUUUUGAUUGUAAGGGAUUGGCGUCAUAUUGCGACGGUCCUGUCAAGCAGCUGAAAGAUUAUAUUUUUGACACCGCUGCCGUACCCAUCUUCUGCGCCUGCGCCAUAGUGGUGCUCGGCAUCCCUGCUACUAUCAUCAAUUUACUGUGGCCUGCGCCAACAUUAUCCUCUUUCCGUGAGGGAUUUCACUGCGACGUUGCCUUAUCCAUACGUAUAGUGAGCUCGGUUUUCUUAAUAUUGCCGUUCGUCUUCGUAGUUGCGGAUUGGGUUUUGAUAUCGAAGUACACUUGGGCCAUCACGGACAUCCUCCAUGUGUUCGGCGCGUUCGUCAACACUCUGCUGGAUGAUGUGCUCAAUAUUCUCUUGAGCACAGACAGUCUGUUCGAGGUGGCCUCGAAACUAGAGAGCGUCGGUCUCGGUUCGGUUCCAGACCCCAGCAUCAUCGACACAAUCAUCAAUUACGAGGCCCUGGUGCGCGGGUAUACCCAACUCGGGGUGGACUUGCUGGCCACCAUGAUACUGACCAGACUCAUCGUAAACUUUCUCUGCCUGCUGUGCGUGGUGGUGAGCCUCGCCUACGGCUUCGCAGGCCUAGUCAGGCGCUCCCACGAGAGCCUACACACGUCCUGCUGGACGAGCGUCGUGGCCCUGGCGGCCAUGCUGUGGCUUCUGGGGUUCAGCGCUUUCUUCAACGAGCUGUGGCUCGACGCCUACAAAACCUACACGGGCCCCGACGCCAUCGUGAACGCGCCAGCCGGGAGCGGCUUGCCCUUGGCCGUGACCAUCUUGUCCAGCUGCGGCAGCGACGCGACCGCGACCAUCCCAGUCGGUGCGCUGGCCGAGCCUCUGGUGGCGGUCCUGGCGGGUUUGGGCGGCUCGAAUCUCAUUGCCCCCGCUGGGCCCGUGACGGCCGCGGACGUGCAGGAGUUCAGCGCGGAGGUCGAGACGCAAGUGCAGUCGCUGGUGUACUGGAUGUCCCAGCCGGACGCUCGGAUAGAGGAGUUCGCCGGGGCGCUCAUCCCGGGCAUCUCCCUGGAGGAGUUCAGGACGGUUCUGGAGGGGGGGCUGGACAUCAUUGCUGUGCUCGAGGACACCGUCCAGUGCCAGCAGAUCUCGCCGUUCCUGGGCGACGUGCAACGCAUCCUGGACCAGAAGGUUCUCCCGGCCAGCCAGGGCGUGGUGUUCGUGGAGAGGGCCCUAGUCGUGCUGCUGGUCCUGUGGGCGAUAGUCGCGAAAGUGGCGGCAUACGUGUUCUUGCGCCCCCGCAAGAUCUACAAGGACAGGGUGUCGCGGCGCUGGUUCCGCUUCAAGUUUUCCUACCUGGUGUCGGUCAAGUUGCGCAUGACGAGCGUGGGUUACCACUUCUUCGAGCACAGAGUGGAAGGCUAUUGGUGGAACACCCUCGAGUUCCUCCACGGCGUGCUGCUGCUGAACACGGUGAUGGUCGCGGUGCUCUUCACCGGCGGCUGCAUGCUCCUCUUCCUGGACACCUCCACCAACCCGACCUGGGAGUGGGUGGUGGCUGGAUCCAUCCUGCUCAUGGCCUCCUCGGUGCUGGGAUUCGUGGGCGGGUGGCGGAACCUGGGCGCUACACACAACAGAGUGCUCCGUGGGGUCUCCCUGCUCGUCGUCGCGGCCGGCACGGCGUGCCUCGCCUACUCUGCGGCGGACAACGUCGCUCGGCAGGUGGAGUGCCACGAGAGGAUCGGGUACGACCCCGCGGCCGAGGGGCCCACCGCGCGGGCCGCGUUCGAGACGACCUCCGCGGCAACGCAGUCGGCGUGGAGCCUGGCCCUCACGGGCCAGGGCCUGGGGGUGGGCGACAGGGUCCUCCUGACGAGAGGCGCGGAAGGCUGCCCUCCUGCGGGCGGCAGCGACUCCGGCGCGCAGUCGGGGCCCGCCACGUCAUACGGCCGCACCUACCCCUUCGACGUGGCCCUCGGGGGCGGUGUGUAUGGCCUCUGCUGGUGCUCCGCCGCCGACGGCUGCGCGGGCGCCAGCAGCCACAGGGCCUUCGCCGGCUACCUUUACGUCGACGAGCCCGUGGACAGGUUCCGGACGUGCACGCUGGAGAUCGUCGCGGGGCUCUCGCAGGUGGCCUUCACCCUGGUGGUGAUGCUUCCGUUCUGCCUGCUGCGGAUGGUGCUGGCGACCGCGACGCUGUUCCGCUGCGUCUUCUCCGCCCACAUCACGGACCGCCAGCGCAGGACCGCGGCGGGCGCGGGGGAGCCCCGGGCGGGCGCCGCCGCGGGCCCGCUGCGCCGGUUGGGGCCGCGGCAGCGGCUUCUCGUGGCCGGUAUGCUUCUCUUGCUUGUCGCGGGGGUUGCCUCCAUCUUCGUCGUCUCGAAGGAGCCAGGCGCUCGGUGCUACACUCUGGGCGGCUGCGAGGUUAUCGCCACGACGACCACGCCGCCGCCGCCCGUUUUGCAGUCGUGCCCAGGGUGCUGCAAUCUGUACGAGGCCACCUGCGACAAGCGCGUCGACCAGGCUGCCUUUCCCACGGUGCACAAUGCGAUGUCGUCGACAGAUCGGCUGUGGAAUUUCCCCAACAAUAUGAUCAACAUGGAACAGGCACUGUCCGCGGGUAUGAGAGGCCUGAUGCUCGAUUUGUAUUAUCGGUGGGAGCCGAAUGCAACUGCAAGUGAAUUGGCCGGGCCUGGCACCGUGUUUCUUUGUCACGGCUAUUGCGGUUUAGGCAACAUGCGAUUUAUCGACGCUUUGAUUGACAUAAAGACGUUCUUGGACGAUAAUCCGAAGGAGUUAGUAGUUUUCAUCCUGGAGCAGUACGUGGCGUCUUACAGUGUGAUCAAAGAUUUAAUUAACUCAGGCAUGAUGGAGUAUUGCUGCUACGGCCAUCCAUCUUCUUCAGACGAAUGGCCCACAGUAGGACAGCUGAUCAGUAACAACAAGCGCUUGUUGCUGUUUUCCAACAGGGCAGUGAGUUACACAGGCUCGUCGCAUGAUGGCAAUAUUUUGACCCACAGCGAUUUCGGCUCUGACUUCGUGUCUGUCACGAGCGUGGAUUGGUGGCAUAAAGAUUCUGACUACCUGGCGGCAACUACGUACUCGUACACUUCCCAGGUUACGAUGACAAGCGAUUGCUCGCUGAACAGCGACAAGAGUAUGUAUCCAAUCGCAGAUUUCGCUGAGACGUCUCAGUCUGCUGCACAACCUGGGCCAGCAGCAUACCGGCUUAUCGUCGCCAAUCAUUUCAUAUCAAACCCUUUGCCGUGCGAGUCGUGUGCGGCCAGCAGCAAUCAGAAUACGAGCUUGAAGUCGAGAAUGUUGAGCUGCAAGUCUCAAUGGGACCACCAGCCAAAUUUUCCGACGGUGGACUUUUGGUCACUAGGUGAAGUCGUUCGGGUAUCCGGGCAUUUAAACGAGCAGUGA